AUGCGGGCUAUUGAUCUUACGAAUCAUCAAUAUGGUCUGUCCGAACUUCAGCGACUGGACGUCUGGGCUGUGGCCACAAUAACACUUCUCGCCUUUCAGUGGACCUUCCUGGCUUUGCGCUGCCAGACCUCAGCAUCCCAAACUCCUGCGUCCAUCGCCGCUGAUGUUCUGACUCCCGUCGCCACGCUUGCCGUCUUGCUUCUGUCUGUCCUAAACCAUCAAAGAUCGCCUCGACCCUCGACCCUCAUCAGCCUUUAUCUCUCGGCAUCCAUCAUACUUGGAAUUGCCCGUGUCCGUACACUGUGGCUUAUCUCUGUACGCGGCCCUUUGCCAGCCAUCGCCACAGUCGUGUUGGUUUUCACACUGGUGGUGCUCGUGCUAGAAUCUAUCGAGGCGAAGAAGAGACUUGCCGCGCCUGGUGCCCCUCCCGACGGCAAACAUGCAACUCCCGAGCAGAGCAGCGGGUUCUGGUCGAGGACUUGCUUUGCGUGGUUGGCGACAACUUUCUACUUGGGGUAUUCCAAAGUUAUAUCCCUCAACGACUUACCAGGGCUCGAUUCGAAUAUGGAGAGUCGCGUUCUUCACCAAAGUCUGGUUGUUGCGUGGGACAAACACGACCACCAAAGUCGCCAUAGUCUCCUUAAAGCUUGCUUCAGGGCGUAUCUUUUGCCCUUCCUGGCUCCUGUUAUUCCCCGGCUCUGCCUCACAGUCUUUACAUUCGCGCAACCAUUCCUCAUAAAAUCGACCGUAACUUUUGUGAGUAACGGUAACCCAGACGUCAGCUACGGCAGAGGCCUUAUUGGGGCCUGGGCUUUGGUGUACCUGGGCAUCGCGAUUAGCAACUCGGUUUACCAGUACCAUAACCUUCGCUUUACAACUAGGCUUCGGGGAGGGUUAAUCGCGCUUGUCUACCAACAAGCUGUCUACACAAGAGACGUCGAUACUGGGGAUAUCACGGCAGUAGCCCUGAUGGGGACAGAUGUUGAACGUAUCUUUGGCGCCAUGUCUAUGUUUCAUACGACGUGGGGUUCGCUACUUGAUAUUGCUGUUGCGAGCUGGCUUCUAGGACUGCAGCUGUCCCUCGCCUGCCUAGCCCCGAUAGUCCUUGUAUUGGUCUUCAUCGCUAUAAUGUCCAAGAUCUCUGUUGCCAGCAGAACAGCUCAGAUGCGGUGGAUCGAGAAGAUCCAGGAACGUCUUCGUGUCACAACGACAGUGCUUGGUGAGAUGAAGGCUGCAAAGAUGCUCGGGCUUACAGAUGUUAUGUCGACAAUGAUUCAGAGACUGCGGACUGACGAGAUCAACACCUCAAAGUCUUUUCGGAAGCUGCUUGUGGCCACUCUGUUGCUCUCGCUCACCCCCAUUAAUCUUGCUCCUAUUGUUACCUUUGCCGUCUAUGUCAUUAUCUCAGUCUUCUGGAAGAACGAAUCUCUUUUACCCGCCCAGGCCUUUGCUUCCAUCGCAUUGAUUGGACUCUUGACCACGCCCGUUGUCAUGUUCAUACAGCUACUGCCAAUGAUUGUCCAGUCGUUUGCAUGCUUCGACCGCAUCCAAGACUUUUGCACCUACGGUCCCCGACCGGCAACUCUCGAUAGCCAGAGUAGCACCUUCACCUCGCCGUCUCCAACCGAUAUUCAUCUCGUUCCAUUGACAAACGAGGGCGAUAGCAAGUUUGCGGACUCACCACAGCGGUUUGCCGUCUCCUUCAGAGGGGAUAGCUUUGGAUGGAAGAAAGAUCAGGCUGUGCUUCACGACCUUACCGUUGACAUCCCUCAAAACGCGGUGACUGUUGUUAUCGGUCCCGUGGGAAGCGGCAAAUCAUCCUUCCUUCGCGCAAUACUGGGCGAGUUGAUACCCAUGUCUCCUCUUAUUGCCGGUCCAGCCGUUGGAAACCCUCCUGACAAAGGUGGUGUGGCAUAUUGCUCACAGAGCCCAUGGCUUGAGAACGGAACUGUUCGGCAAAACGUACUCGGCGUUUCACUCUACGACCCGAAGUGGUACAAUGCCGUUAUCUCAGCCUGCGGUCUCGAAAUCGAUUUACAAGCAUUGCAGAAGGGAGACUACACACACGUUGGUAGCAACGGUGUCAAUCUAAGCGGCGGCCAGAAGCAACGCAUCGCUCUUGCUCGAGCCGUCUACUCGAGGCAGAAGAUCGUUGUCCUUGACGAUGUUUUCAGUGGCAUGGAUGCCCACACGGCUAAGCAUGUCUCGACCUGUCUGCUUGGCACUGAUGGUCUCCUGCGAAGGCAACGCGCAGCGAUCGUCAUCGCAACGCAUAGUCAUGAACUAAUGGCCCUCGCCGACUUCAUCAUCAGCCUCGAUGAUGGCAGGAUUCAAGAACUCGGCAACCCCGCAGUUCUCGUGCGAGGUCAAGGCUAUACGAGCAAGCUAGGGCUGAAGUUGUCAUCUGAAAGUGUGAAUGCACAGGCGUCUGAUGAUUCUGUGACUCCCAUUGGGCAGAUAGCCACGCCAACCAACGAGAACGAGAACCACCAAGAACAAAGGCCUCAUACUGAUAUCCGACGCAAGAAUGGGGAGAAGGCAGUCUACACAUACUACUUGAAGAAUGCCGGCUGGAAGGCAGUGACCCUCUACUCAUUUUCAGUCGUCAUGUGGAUCUUCUUCUCAGAGUUCUCUACCGUUUGGGUCAAGUGGUGGUCGGAAGCCAAUUCCGCCAAGGCUAACACGAGUGUGGGGUAUUAUUUGGGCAUGUACGCCGUGUUUGGUGUCCUUGGCACUCUGGGAGCUUCUUUGGCUGCCUGGUUUGCAUUCCUCGACAUCAUCACCAAUACGGCUCUCAAGCUGCACUCGGACCUUCUCAAGACUACCUUGGCAGCAUCCUUCCGUUUUCUGACCACAACCGACAAUGGCGAGAUUCUUAAUAGGUUCAGUGAAGACAUGCAGCUUCUGGACAUGGAUCUGCCGUCCAACCUGGUGAACUACACUUCCACGGCCAUAUCCGUCUUGGCUAAGCUCGUUAUUCUCGCCGUCUUCUCCCAAUUUCUCGGCAUUGCCCUCCCUUUCAUCGCCACCGUCGUCUAUUUUCUGCAACGCUUCUACCUUCAGACGUCUCGCCAGAUUCGUCUUCUGGGGAUCGAAGCCAAGGCGCCCCUCUACACCUGCUUCUCUGAAUCCGUGGCUGGAAGUGUGACUAUUCGUGCUUUUGGGUGGCAAACCCAGUACCAGGAACGUAACUAUCACCGCAUUGACUUGUCCCAAAAACCAAGCUAUGUUCAAAGCUGUAUUCAAGCGUGGCUUACGGUUGUUCUUAACCUAGUUGUGGCUGUGCUUGCUAUCGUCCUCGUGGGUGUAGUCGUCACUUGGUAUGAUAAAUUUAGUGCUGGAAGCGUUGGUGUCAGUCUUGUUAUGGUCAUUGGAUUCAGUGAGGUAUUAGCGCGCCUGAUCCAGAGUUGGACCAAGCUUGAGUCUAGUGUGGGGGCUGUUGCAAGAGUUAGACGGUUCGUAGCAGAGCAGCGCUGCUAA